AUGGAGGACGCCAUCGACACCAAGAGGCUGUCGCACUUUCUGGACUCCUGGCGGGGCUGUGGAUAUGGAGGUAGUUGGCAGCCUGAAGACUCCAUUGGGAUUUCAACCGAUGACGUUUGGACUUUCUUCAUGCUGCUGGAUAAAGAUGAGAACGGCCUCAUCGACAUAGAGGAGUUUGUAUCCGGAUGCAUGCAGCUGAACGGCCCCGCAAAGAGCUUGCAACUCGCAAAGAUGAGCUACGAGAACAAGCUCACCCGACAAGCGCUCAAAAGGUUGAGCCAGGAGCUCCAAAUCCUGCCGAAGCGCAUCUGCCAAUACGUGCCCCGUGAGUUUCUGAUGGAGAUCUGA